AAACACGUACUGAACGCACAGGUCGCUGUCCGUGCGCCAUGCUGCAAGAAAUGGUUCGACUGUCCAGAAUGUCACGCUGAGGUUUCUGACCAUAACUUGGGGAAAACGCUUGAAAUGUGCUUUGCAUGUAAGAAGUGCAAGAAGGUGUUUCGGAAAGACAUGUCCAACUACGAGGAGGAAGACGAGUCUUGCCCAAACUGCGACAACCACUAUGUCAUUGAGGCCAAGGCGGCACAAAUGGGUAUCGGCAUCGAAGGAGAUGACCCACGACUCCAGAGGGAUUUCCGAGAAAAGCAAAAGCAAUUGCUCGAAGAAGAAUUCAUGAGCGAUCGACUGGGAUGGGGAAUUCAUGAAAUGUGGGGAAUUUGGGCGAACAGUUUCCGAGAGAGAGGGAGAUGA